CACACGUGGGUUAGAUCCACGAGACCAUCCUUGUCCUAUCGUCCAGAAAUUCUACAAUUCCGUUACCCGCGUAUGCACGUGAGACAUAACCAGCGGCGAACAGCUGUACCUACUCUUGUGAACGGAACUGACGUCAUGCACAUGUUUUCAAGUCGGGGUUAUUGUGUGUGUGUGUUUGUGUGAGUAUGAGUGUGCGCCCGGCUUGAUCAGGAGAAGGCGGGAUCCGGAUCUCCGCGCGCACCUCGAACUGACGUUGCGCUUGGACGUUACAGUAACUAAGGCUUGUGCGUGGAAUAAACGCAGCGUGGACACACCCGCGGGAUAUGAUCCCCACGAAACUUGUGCCAGAGAAGCGAACCUCUUUGCGUUUUGGGUCCAACCCCUUACAACUCGACUACACCUAUUGCCUCCGGGCAUUUAAACCUCUAGAGUGUCAGCUCGCGCACAAGAAACGUUUUUAGCAUUUAAUACUGGGAGUAGAGGAAAGGACAAGAGACCAGAGGACAGUGCACAGCUCCAGGGCAAUGCACCUUCUCUAGACCUGAAGGUCUUUUUGCAAGUUUUCAACAAGGACACUCGAGAUCAUUGAGACUCAUCAUUGAGGAUCUGGCAUCCUACAAGAUCAAAAUAUUGAUCCAGAAUUGUCAACAUGGCAUCAUUGUGGCAUGUGAUGCUCUGGAGAUGGACAUUAGUUCCUUCAUUCCUGCUGCUUUUUCUGUGUGGGACGCUCACAUUUGGAGAUGAUGAGUUCAAUUCAGAGUCCUGGCUCCGGAUGUAUGGAUACCUCCCUCAGGCAAGUAGGCAGAUGUCCACUAUGCGAUCGGCUCAAAUCCUGUCUAAUGCCAUCAGUGACAUGCAGAGAUUCUACAGCCUGGAGGUCACAGGAGUGAUGGAUCCAGCAACUAUCGAAGCCAUGCAGAGGCCUCGCUGUGGGGUUCCAGAUAAAUUUGGUGGACAAAUCAAGACUAAUGUUCGCAGGAAACGCUAUGCCCUCACUGGCCACAAGUGGGACAAUUCCCACUUGACCUUUAGUAUACAGAACUAUACUCCUAAGAUUGGGGAGUACAACUCGUAUGAAGCCAUUCGUAUGGCCUUCAAGGUGUGGGAGAAGGUAACACCUCUGACGUUCGAAGAAAUUCCCUAUCUGGAAGUCAAAUAUGGCCGGCGGAAGGAGCCUGACAUCAUGAUCUUUUUUGCCACUGGUUACCACGGUGACAGCUCCCCAUUUGAUGGAGAGGGUGGUUUUUUGGCACAUGCCUACUUCCCUGGUCCAGGGAUGGGCGGUGACAUGCACUUUGACUCAGACGAGCCAUGGACAAUUGGAAAUGAGAAUUUGCAAGGAAAUGAUCUGUUUCUGGUAGCAGUGCAUGAGCUGGGUCAUGCUCUAGGUCUGGAGCACUCCAAUAAUCCUUUGGCUAUUAUGGCUCCCUUCUACCAAUGGAUGGACACAGAGAACUUCCAGCUUCCAGAGGAUGACCUCAAAGGCAUCCAGCAGAUCUAUGGACCGCCUAACAGUUCCCCAACUCAGGCUCUUCCUACUGUGACCCCUCGCCGUCCCAACCAGCCUAGGACCCCACCAGGAUCCCCACCACGUCGUCCAGACCGGCCACGCACCACUGACCGCCCGGAUCAGUAUGGCCCCAACAUCUGCGAGGGCAACUUUGAUACGGUCACUGUGCUCCGUGGAGAGAUGUUUGUUUUCAAAGGUCGCUGGUUCUGGAGGGUCCGAAGAAACCGAGUACUGGAUAACUACCCCAUGCCCAUUGGCCACUUUUGGAGAGGACUUCCAGGAGAUAUUGAUGCAGCAUAUGAGAGACACGAUGGCAGAUUUGUCUUUUUCAAAGGGGAUCGGUUCUGGAUUUUCCGGGAGGCGAACCUGGAGCCGGGCUAUCCUCAGGAGCUGGUAGAUUAUGGCCGGGACAUUCCUUAUGACAAGAUAGAGACAGCAAUCUGGUGGGAACCUUCAGGCUACACCUACCUAUUUAAGGGAGACCGGUACUGGCGUUUUAAUGAGCAGUCACGCUCAGUGGACCGAGACUACCCUAAACCAAUCAGUGUUUGGGAUACGUCAGUACCCAUAUCUCCUAAGGGAGCUUUCCUCGGUGAUGAUGGAGCUUACACAUACUUCUACAAAGGCAGCAAGUAUUGGAAAUUUGAUAACCACCGGAUGAAGAGUGAGCCUGGAUAUCCCAAAUCCAUCUUAAGAGACUUCAUGGGUUGCAACGUCGACCUGGAUCCCGACCGAGAUACAGACGUAGACCCAGGACGGAAGUGGCCUGACAGACCGCCCUUCAACCCGGACGCAGGCCGGGACAAGGACAAGGAGAAAAAAAAGGACAAGGAUCAAGAUCGCACCAACGACGUGGACACCAAGGACGCGACGGAAAAAGAGACGAACGACGUGGACGUGGUGCUGAAGAUAGACGAAACAGAACGCACCAUGAUGAUCAUCAUGGUGACUGUGCCGCUGGUCCUGGUGCUGUGCAUCCUGGUGCUGAUCUAUGCCAUCAUCAACACACUGCAGAGGAAAGGGGCACCCAAGUACUUUGUGCACUGCAAGCGAUCCCUGCAGGACUGGGUUUAACUUGGACUCUUAGGUUCCAACUCUGACCUCUGAACCCUUGACCUCGCUUCCCUUUCAUCCAUGUCGUUUUUUCAUCUUCCUAAUAUAUUUACAUUGCACACACACACACACACCCCUUAUACUCUGUUAUCCCAUGGUGCUGUCCUAAUGCAUUGACUGUAGUCUAUUUAUAUGAGAGUUUGCACAUUUAUUAUUGUUAUUUUCUUUCAAUUCAUUUCAUUUUGGUUUUUUCCCCCCCCUCUCUUUUAAUUCAAUUGUACACAUUUCUUUUUAUCUCUGAAUAAGAAACUUUUUUCAUUGUGCUAUAAGAAACUGCCAUACAGGUUAGGACGCAUACUCUUGAUGUGAAAAAUACAAGAGAAAUCUGCAGCAUGUGCAGUACAAAAAAAACAAAAAAAAACAAAGGGAAGAAAAGGUGUGAGAUCUAAAUAACUGCUCCCUUUUACUCAGGAUUCAGCCAUCAUCUAUUAACUGAGUUGAGAAGCCAAGCGGGGGAAAAAACCUGUUGUAGAAAACAAUUUGUUUUUAACACGGCCGGUCAUAUAGAGCUCUACUUGAGGCACGCUUGCCAACGAUGAAGAAAAUCCCAUGUGUUUUAUUGCCUUAGUAAAAGCACCCAUGCUUUUGUUUUAACAAAGGUGCCUUGGUCUCGCCAGCCAAAUACCUUCCUGUAGUUUUACUCCUAUAGGAGGAUCCCCUUGAUCUCCCUCGCGUGUUGCUUUCUCUAUGAUCUUAAGAUACAGUUUGACCACAAUAUUUUAUUGUUAGUGGAGUGUAGCUCACAUGGUGCUUUUCCUUUAGGACAAAACAAGGCAGCGUACUGUGAAACCACACUGCAGGGGGACGGGAGGGAACAUUUGAGGUACUGGAUGCUGAAGGAGGUCGUUUUUUUUGUUGUUGUUUUUUUCUUUUUUGUGAUCUAGGAACCAUUAGCCAAGUGUAGGCUUGCUUUAAACAAUAUAAUCAGACGCAUACAAAAAAAAAGGCUUAUAAAAAACACCACUAGUAUACUGUAUACCACUUGAGAGGACCAAUUGAAAAAUAAAUAGAAGGUAUUUGCGUUUCUCGAGCUGCAGUCAUAAUUAAAGGCCUUGCUGGGCCUCUUUCUCUGCCCUGUUACAGGCUGUUAGAUAAUCCUCUCAUUUUAAAAACAGCAGGUGGGCCAAAACAUUGCUAACCUCCCACCAGGGUAACAUGAGGCCUUCUGCACCUAAGAAAUCCUACUCUGAUCUGCUGAAGCAUGUAGAAAGCACGAGUAAGCAACAGAGAAGUAGAGAGAGAGAGAGAAAAUGUGUGAUAGUUCAAAGGGAUGUUGUUCAGCUGUGGAAACCUUAUCUGCCGUUGGAAGAAGCUUACAGUGUUUUGCUACAGAGACAACUUUACUAUGUACACAUUUCAAGGGUGGUGCAGAGAAGCUUGGGCUGUGAGUAUAUCCUUCUGAGGCCAGCACGGAAGAGGAUGGAGCAGAUCCUCAUAUGGGAGCAGGCUGGCAUAUGUUCAUGGCAUCUACUCUGCCACUGGUUAUUUCUGAACCACAUAUUUUUGAAUGGGAAACAGGAUCUUGCUGCUGGCAUUCGGUCUCCGUCCGUUCAGCAGCCAUGAGCUGGAUCUGGAUUUGACAUAUGGCUUGUACUCCUUAAGAUUCAAACUGAAAUUGAUUUUGAGUGAAGGUUGAGCAGCAUAUGAUUGUUUUAAAUUGAAAACUUUUACCAGAAAGCGAUUUGCUAGCAUAACCUCAAAGCAGCAAUUCACUUUAAUUCAUUCAUUGCACUUUUUUCCCCUUUUUUCUUUUUUUGGAGAAACAAAGCAGCCCUGUGCCAGUUUAGAAAGUUUCCGUGUUCACAAAGGCACAGAGGAUGGCGUAGAUUAGAGAAGGAAAGUGAGUGGUACUAUAAAUAUUGCCUUGUCGGGCAAGGUUGACUCGUGACCACUUUCAUAAAUAUUAUGGAGAGACUGGAGGAGACGGAGGACAGUCAUGACUUGAAUGCCGUCGCUGAUGGAGGCAGUUCAGCUCCCUUGCCAGGCAGUACCCUUCCCCCUCCAUUUGAAGAGAGAGUUAAUCAGAGAUAAAAGCUGUUCCUCCUCUCCUCUCCUCUCCUCUCCUCUCCUCUCCUCUCCUCUCCUCUCCUCUCUCCUCUGUCCCCUCCUCCUCAGAUCAAUGAAGAAUAUACAGACAUGCUGAUGGGGAUCCAAAAUUCGAGUCUUCACUCUCAACCCCAACGUGCUCCCAUCUUAACAGGCGUUUACUUGCUGCUCCGUACCUUUUGUGGCCUUGCUUCGAGAGACCUUCUGGCUGUUUUGGUGUCCUAGCUGAUUAAUGUUAUCUCUGUGUUUGCUUAGGCAAUCGAAACCAAAUGCUCUGUCAAGGCCUUUUAAAGUGAACUUGCCCAGUAAACACACUGCUCAUGUGAACGGUUCACAGAAGAAAGGCUCGCUUUAGAUCUUUAACCUUUAAUCACACAUCUUUCCUGAAGCUAGACCUAGCUGCAGGAGUACACUGAGCAUGAUCUGAAUCCUUAAUCAUUUACAUGGUGGAGAUGAAACAUGACUGAUUAUGCUGGAGAAUAGCUAAUAGAUAAUCAAAGUCUGUGUAAUGAGAAUGAGAAUGUUAGUAUCCAUGCUUCAUUCUCCCACUCAUGUCAACUCCUGUAGUUUGGUGCAAAUAACAAUGGACCCUCUUACUUCAGGCAUUAUUGUCCUGCAUAGUACUCAUUCUGGCCAACAGGAAGAAAGUCUGGGCUUUAGGCCAAAUCCAGGAAGCACCCUCCCACUAUCACUCACUCUUGCAUAGCAUUCGUAAAGUCAUUGUGGGAUUUAGUAAAAUAUUUCCUGAAGUUGUAGCUCAGUGAUUUUGUUUUUAAGCUUUUUUUUGUAUUUUUGUAUUUUUUUUUUUUUGCAGCAUUAUAUUUCUAUAUUUCUGCAAAACGGAUCUCCACAAAAUAACAUCAUUUAAAGUCUGUCACAUUUUUCUCACACUGUCUUCUGAUUUCUGCAUGAAACAUGAGUAGAUCUCUGUUAUUCAUCUGUCCUGCUCAUUUCUUUAAUCCCAUACUGUAAUUGCUAAACAGAAAAAAAAAAUCUGAAAUCUGUCAUAUUUUAACUGUAGCCUUGACAGUGUCAGGAUUUUAGUCCGUAUUAGGCCAUUUGUGUCUGGACUGAGAAUAAUUUACUGUAGUUGUUAAUCUACACUUUGACAGACGUCUGUUCCUCUAUCACUGUAUCGCAAAGCAUCUCACUUUACCCCAUGAGCCAAGUGUCAUGCCUUUUAACAAAGCAAAUCCAUGCACAGACUGAAAAAUUAAUCAAAUCAGGUAAAGACAUAAACGGCUCACUCGUGUUGCUAAAGCAAUGUCAUGACAAUGUUGUGCAACUUAUAUUGUGCUGCAAUUAUUUUUGGAAAAAAAAAAAAACCUCAUGUUUAUUAAUAAUGAUUAAAUGUAUGAUACUAUUUUUGUGGUUUCGGUUCAAUUGAUUGAUUUCCUGUUCAAUUGAUCGAUAUCUUAUUUGAACUUAAUUGGUUGUUUUUGAAAUUGUAAAUAUUGUAGGACUUUUUUACGUUGUUAAUAACAUUCCGGUUUUGUGUUUUUAUUUUGUUUUCCGAUGUAGAAACUGAAGAUUUUAUACAUUUGUGUUGUUUGUUGAUCACAUCUGUUGAGUGUCUCUAAUUAUCCAUGCUGGACAUGUAAACAAUAAUAAAUAAAUGAUCUGAAUAUGA